AUGGCGAUUUCCUCUGGGGUUUAUCUUCUUUAUCUCUUGAAUCUCUUCUCUUUUGCUUUUGAUUCGAAUAACAUUGACUCAACUUUCCUUACAAUAACAAUUUCAGGGAUGAUAUUUUCUUCAGCAACCCUUUUUACACUCCAAAACCAUUGUAGUUUCACUGUAUGGCCCGGUUCUCUCUCCGGAAAUAGUGCUGCCCUUGGUGAUGGUGGUUUUGCAUUGUCACCUGGUUCAUCAGCCCAAUUCCAGGCUACACCUGGUUGGUCUGGUCGCUUCUGGGGUCGAACUGGCUGCAAAUUUGACAACUCUGGCUCUGGCAAAUGCAAAACCGGUGACUGUGGUGGCGUUCUAAAGUGCACAUUCGGUGGUGCCCCACCCGUCACCCUGGUAGAGUUCACCAUUGCUGGAGGCUCCAGUGAUAAAGACUUUUAUGAUGUUAGUCUUGUGGAUGGUUACAACGUUGCCUUAGGUGUCAAGGCAGUUGGUGGUUCAGGGGAUUGCCAAUAUGCAGGUUGUGUCACGGAUCUUAAUACAAAUUGCCCCGCUGUGUUACAGGUCAUGGAUUCGGGUUCCAUUGUCGCUUGUAAAAGCGCCUGCGCUGCGUUUAACUCGCCAGAAUUUUGCUGCACCGGCGAUCAUGCAACUCCUCAAACUUGCCCGCCAACACAGUACUCAGAGAUGUUCAAGAAGGCAUGCCCCACAGCUUAUAGUUAUGCUUAUGAUGAUGCUACAAGUACUAGGACUUGUACCGGAUCGGAUUAUUUGAUCACAUUUUGUCCAACCGGAUCAUGAACAAGAUCUUGAUUGAUGACCAUGAUUAGGAUAAGCAUUUAUUUGGAAUUUAUUGCUUUCUUGGGUAAAUUUGAUUGCAUUGUUAUGUUUAGUUUACAAUAUCGAAAUCAAUCGUUUGCUGUAUCUGUCCAAAAUUGACGAAAAGUUUGGCCUUUUUAGUCAGCAAUUUUUUUGUGUUUUAAAGAUUGUGGUUGGUUUGUUUGGUGAGAAAAUGAUGUGUAUAUACGUGAAUGCAUUUUUUGUUCAAUCUAAUGAAAUCCAAGAACCAAAGAUGAAGAGAUAAAGCCAUAAGCUUGGCAUGAGCCACAACUUUUAUGGGGGUGGUUGGCUUGCAUUUUAAUAAAUUUCAUGUCCCUUCUUUUUCAAUGUCGUGGAUUUCUAGUCAUGGGACUUUGACAGUGAAAUAUAUAAAAAAAAAAAGAGCCUAC